AUGGCAGUACAGUUUGUACUUGUCCCUUUCUUUACCUUAACUGUCCUCAGAUACAAUAGCGCUGGACAGCUCUUUUGCGUUUUGUGUAAUGUACCUGUAAAGUCGGCAAUCUUGUGGGAUUCACAUGUGCUUGGAAAAAAGCACAAAGAGGUAAAUAAUGGAGUUGAGAUUAUGUUUAUUUUUAUGCAUGUUUAUGUUUACAAUACAAUACAAUACAAUAACUUUAUUUAAAGAGGGAAGCGCAAUAACCUGUUACAGUUUUCUAACCUACGGCCCUCAAAAAAAUAGAUAAAUAGAUAAAUAAAGUUAGAAGACUAAAAACAAAUAAAUUUAUAAAUGUAUAUAUAUACACAAAAGAGACAAUAUUAUUUAAAGUAGAAUAGGCUAUAAGCACGUAAUGAAUAAUAUAUAAAUCGACGAAGGGGGGCAAAAUAUGUACUAUAAAUGAACAUGUAUACAUAUAUACAUAAAUAUAAAUUAUGUUUAUUAUGUUUAUUAUUGUGCACAUUUACACACAACUGUUUAUUAGCUCACUUGACAGGAGGUUAAUAAUUCAGCAUGCUAAUAUGCUGAUUGCAUUGAGGAAAGAGCAUUUACAGGAUACAGAGCCAUUUUUGAGGCAUUUAGAUUUGGCGGCAGUGAGAUCUCCAUACAACCACAUACAUUAAGUUAUUAUGCACAAAGCAACAGUUUUACAAAUAGUUUUAAAUGAAUACAGUAGCAACAUGUUUACAUGGUAAUGUAUGAGGCUGUACAGAAAUCUUACUUUGGUGGCUCGUUUGGCUCAUCAGUGGAUAAAAAGAAUGCGAAAGGGAUUAUGUAGGCAUUAUUAAGUAUUAUGUUUUUGUAUGUGUGUGUCAUGUGUCUUAAGUUGUGGCUUCUUUAACUUGGCAGUGCAGUGAAGGAAAAGAAUAGUGAAGAAUAUUGUUUGAGUGUUAUGCAUUGAGUGUAGUAAAUUGUGGCUCAUUUGAUUUGGUAGUGGUGGAAAUGAAUGAGAAAUAAGUUCUUUACAUGAUAGGUGUUUAUUGGUACAGUAAAUAUAAAGCUUUUACUGGGCCAACUUACCUACUUUUAUGGUCCUCCCAAGAAUUUUGCCAUCCUUUGACUCACAUAAGAAUUCUUUCAAAAAGUUAGCGUGCAUGCUAGCAAUCCAAUUUAAAAAUGAUCUGGACCAGAACAUAUGACACAAACCAUCCUGGCCUCUUUAACGUCACUGCCCAGUGAUUUAAAGGUGACAAUAAACAUUUACCAUCUCUUGCAGAACCUGACAGUUUUUAAAAGGAAAUCAAAUAAAAGUCAGUCAGCCACAAAUGACAGACAACUCCAAGAAGUAAGUUUACUUAGUGUGAUGUAAUGUUCAAAUUUAAUGAGAACAGCAUAGUUUCACUACAAACAAACCUUCUUAUCAAAUUGAAAGGUUUGUAAAGGAUUGUGGAGACUGAGUUAAUGUGUUAACAUUUGUAUAUUGUGUGAUAAAUUUAUAGUAUUUAUUUUAGGAAUUUUUUCCUGGGAAGUAAGGUUGCAUUCAGGAUGAAAAUUCUUAUUACAAUGUAGAUAACCUACACCUUUCACCUAUUUAUUAUUUUUUUUCAUGAUAUAAAUUUUAAUUUCCAACAGUUUUUCAGCAUAAAAGUGCCUUCAAAACAGAACAUAGCUUUGUAAAGAUAAAGAACUUUGCUGGUCAAGUGGCUAAUUUUUCGUAUUUUGUUUUCAAUGUCCAUAUUAAAUCUAAUCAGAUUAAUCACUCAUUGAAACUGACUUUUUCCAACCAGAAAAUAACAACUGUAAAAGAUGGUUUGUCAAAUGCUAGGCCAAUGCUUAAGAGAACAAGUCAGGAUGAGGUAAGCUGAACUGUAACCUGUCUGCAGAGCUAUAAAGCUUCCUUGUCAAGGCACUUGGUAAAUUUUUUUUUUUUUUAAUGACAGAUGGAAACAGUUCAAAAUACACCUGAAAAAAAGUUAAAAGGUAAGCAUAUGACAUCAGCAAAACCUGGAUCAAAUGAACUGCAACCCUAUUCCUAACCUGGACCUGUUUCUCAAAAUCCCGGUAAUGUUUUGGGCUCAAAAUCAAAUAUUCAAAUCAAAAUCUAUAGAAUAUAAAGCAUAGGCGCUGCCUAACAUGCCAGUCCAUUUUGUUUUGUUUAGUGACAGUUUUGUCAUGUUACCUGCAAAACUAUUGAAACCUCUACCUUGAAUGUAAACAAAAAACAGCUGUUUUUUAGGUUAAGCUAAUCAUACCUGCUUUUAUUUCAAAGGUCCACUUUUUGUAAAUGAAUGCUUUGUAUGUGCAGCCCUGUGUGUACCAUUAAAUUUCUUGUGUUUAUUUUUGUUCUAUAGUCGAAUCUGAGGAAAACACAGACAGGUAAUUACCAAUACAUAAAUCCAAGUUUUGUUUUCCUUAUUUCAUGUCUUACAAUGUAAAUGCUAAUUGAAGGAUUUGCCCUGGUUAUUAAUAAAGAGACAAGACCCAGUCCACAUUAGUUUUUUUAUUGACAGGACAGGUGGUUUUUUGUGACAAUUCAAAUCAAGCAAAAUUUAAGAAUAAAAUUUUUUUGGUGAACUAAAAGGUCAUGUAACUGUCGCUAAAUUGUAGAAAUUCCUUCGUCUCACAUUUCUCUUCCAUUUUUUUUUUCAAACUUUGUUUUUACAUCUUAAAAUUUUUUAUUUGAUAUAUUUAUAUAGUAUUAUGUUAUUGUAAAUUUGUGUUUAAAAUCUUUUUGAUAGCCACAAGUUAUAGAGCCUAUGGCUAUUUAGUGCUACCCUUGUUAAGUCUUUAGUUACUUACUAUUUUAAUACUAAUAACAGUAAUGAUGUUAUUAAAUUAUUAAUCACAACAAUCUUGUUUGUCAUAAUAUCAAAAGAUUGAAAAUGAAAGAUGAUGAUGAAGUGAAUAGUCCUGACACCAGUAUAACAAAUACACCUUCUAAUUUACCAUCAGGUGAGUUUUCAUCGAGCAAAGAAAGUCAUGUCUGAUAGCCCGGGUCGAGUGGAUUUUGCUAUUGGGCUAGUGACCCGGGGGGGCACUUUAGGAAUUUCUGGGUGGGGAUGUGCCGCUGGGACCCUGGAACCCUUGACCUAUACCAGAGCUAGUUCAGCUGAAUUUUGCUACCCUAUACUAGACUAAACUCCCAAAAUCCCCCUAUCCUAGAGUAGCUGUUUCCCCAGUCUAGAUAAAAUCUUCAACCAACUGAUCAGUUUCCUGAAAAAUGAUACCCUAUUCUAUACCCAAACACUGUGAUUUAUAUACCCUAUCCUAGAGUAAACUGCUUGAAAACCAUACCCUUCACAGUGGCACAUACCCAUAUAGCCCAUAUAUGGCAGUACCCCCGGGCUAGUGAUUUUUGUUCUUAACUUGCCUGAUGGGCAAGUGCUUGUUUUUUUCUGGAAAUUCAAAUUACAGAAGGAUUGUAAUCAAUCCUGCCAAUCAAAAAGGGUAUUGGGACUAGUUGAAAUGACUUGUGGGCUAGUACAUGCAAGCUACAGCUUGCCCCGAAUGGCAGGCUGUAAAACUGACUUUCUUUGCACCCUGGUUUUGUCAAAGAUGUAUGAAAAUUAAUAGAGCUAGGAUUAUUAUUACAGUAUAUUUAACAAUUAUUCCACAAGUGCAUGUUGGAUAUGAGUUGGCUAUAAUCAUCUCAUAUCCAACAAGCAUUAUAUAGUUUUAUUAAAAACACCCUCAAAAUAUUGAGAAUUCUUCCCGACUUUAUUUGUAAGAACAACCGAUUUUCAGCUUUCAGCAGACGCAUACAGUUACCAUAUUUUUAUUAUUUGGAGGGCAGGUAUAAUGGCUCAUAUGCCAUGAUGGCUAAGCCAGUCAGAGCUCUAGAAUUGCAUUAUCCAAUGAUUCAGUUUUUAAUAAAUUGCAUAAUUUUUUUUCUUAUUUACAGACUUCUUUGAUUCUCCACAACAGAGUGAACAAACUGAACAAACACCAGACCCUGGGUAUUUUAGUUUCUUACUUUGUUAUGUAUCUCAGCAUGGCUACUCAAACAUCAUAAGAAAAUGAUGAAAACCAUUUUGACAUUUUGAUGAAACUCUUACAUGUAUACUCUCUUGUCAGAACUGCAUUAGCUAAGAAACAUUUACAAGACUAUUGUGGCACUUUUUUUCUGAGAUGCAGUAAAAAGAUUUGAAAAACUUAUGUAGCCAUAUAAUAGCGUAGUUACUAAAACAAGGAAUGACCUACAAUGAUCUACAAUGGCCUACAAUGGCCUACAAUGAUCUACAAUGGCCUACAAUGAUCUACAAUGACCUACAAUGGAUCUACAAUGACCUACAAUGAUCUACAAUGACCUACAAUGAUCUACAAUGAGCUACUAUGAGCUGCUAGGAGCUAAAAUGAGUUAAAAUAAGCCCUACAAUGAGCUACAAAAUGACAGACAAUGAUGUUAAGCUACGUUUGUCGUGUGUCACGCUUGGACGUGACACUAGGCUCAUGGUAUUAAAUUGCCAAGCACAUUUUGAAAAGGCAAAACAAAAAUAAAGCCUGAUCUCAGGUAACUUGAGAAACUUGAAAAUAAAUUAUUGCAAUCGCGUUUUUACCUGUAACACUAUUAUACCCUGUAUUGGUGGAAGUCAUCCUGCGCCUGCGUGAAUCCUGUAUUGUCACAGUACUGUGACUUUUGUCCAAACCAUCCCUUGCAACCUUUCCCGUUAGUUGUGUUUUGUGUUGUCUUUUUCUUUUCAAACAAAUUAAACAGUACUGUGACAAUACACUGGAUUCACGCAGGCGCAGGAUGACUUCCAUCGAUACGGGGUAUAAUAGUGUUACCGGUAAAAACACGAUUGCAAUAAUUUAUGUUCAAGUUUCUCAAGUUACCUGAGAUCAGGCUUUAUUUUUGUUUUGCCUUUUCAAAAUGUGCUUGGCAAUUUAAUACCAUGAGCUUAGUGUCACGUCCAAGCGUGACACACUACAAACAUCAUUGUCUGUCAUUUUGUAACUCAUUGUAGGGCUUAUUUUAACUCAUUUUAUACUUAUUUUAGCUCCUAGCAGCUCAUAGUAGCUCAUUGUAGGCCAUUGUAGAUCAUUGUAGAUCAUUGUAGGUCAUUGUAGGUCAUUGUAGGUCAUUGUAGGUCAUUGUAGAUCAUUGUAGGUCAUUCCUUGUUUUAGUAACUACGCAUAUAAUAGAUAAUAUUUAAGGAAGAUCAGAGGGUGAUAGGCAACACAUUAGCUAAUUUUUCCUUUUUUUAUUUGCUUCCUCUACAUGACAGAGAUUCCACAGAAGGUAUUCCAGAGGGGUUUUUUGAUGAUCCAAAGUUAGAUGCCAAGGUUAGUUAAAUUAAUGUUUGUAUUUUAUUGUAAAUUAUGAUUAUUUGUUACCUGCUUAACUGCAUGCAUCACUGGCGAUUUAGAAUACUUUUUCAAGAAAAGUUUUGUUUAAAAAAUUGCAUUCUUACCAUUAACUUUUUACCUAAAGGUUCGGAAAGUUGAGUACAGAGAUCCUGCAGAGGAAGAGUGGGAAAAGUUUCAGAAAGCAAUGCAAGUAGAGGCUCAGGUAUAAAUAUGUGAAAUAAUAAGCUACAAACAUGUAGAGUAAACAAACAAAAUAAUUAGUUCUGCUUUGUCACAAUGAAUUGAGCAUGCCUUAUGCAUCAGUGUGUUCUACUUUUUUUUCGAGGCACUAGUGAUUUAAUUUGAUUAAAUUUUAAUCCUAGUCCUUUGGACUUGAGUUAUUAGACAAGUAUUAUAAUUUUAAUAUUAACCCAGCAAAUUUGUUUGCUGGUUCACAAUGGUUCCACUACCACCCUUUGCAUCAUCUUAUCUUUCAGUUUGUACUCUGGGAGUUGUCAGUUUAGUAGGCUGUAUUCCACUGUCCAGCCCAAGUAUGCACCCACAGACAUGUGUAAGAUUUCUGUUAAGAAGCUCCCUAAAUAUUCAAAAAGGCGUCUAUAGCAUUAUGUGACAAAGAUUUGCAGUGUUUAUAUUUUACUGUUAGUUAAAUUUAAAGGCUGGAAACAGUAUUGAACUACCUUAGCUGAGGAUGCUUUUUGGUAGGUGUCACAGUCCAUAGUAGAAGAAGAAGAUGAAGAAUCUAGAGUGGAUAGAGAAUUCUCAGAACUCAGUGAGCAAAGGUAAUUUUGUUUCAUUUCUACCUUUAUUUGAGAACAUCAGUCUUCCUUUUUAAUGAGUAUGCUUUGUUUGGUAUAGUAGACAUUUUAUUUCCAACACCCAAGUUUUGAAUAAACUGUUAGAAGGUUUGCUUUAACAAUUUUCCUGUUUCAUAUUGAGUAAAACUAUGUAAACCCUAUAAGCAUACAUUUAUUAUGAGUUGUUGUUCAGUUUGAAACUCUUAUACCUAAGCAAGACUCUCAAAAUAUUAUUAUGCUUUAAAUUUUUCUUCAUUCCUACCAGACUGUACUAUUUACGAGCCGAUUCUUUGCGAGAUAAACAAGGUAUUAUUCAAGAAAAAGUGUCUAAAACCAAAAGUCUUCAGAAACAAUCACAAGACGAAAACAGCAGUAGCAGCGAUGAUAAUGACUUUGAAGAAUUUUUUGAUUGGAGAGCAAAGAAGGUGUCAUGAUGUAGGCAUGGUCCAGUGCAGCUUGAGUGUGAGCAUGUGUAGGAUCUUAUCCUUUGAAAGACUCUUUAACCUGCUGCUUAUCCCAGCAAAUUGCUGUUGCUCAGAAAUAUCAUGGUGGUUCCACAUUAAUACACUUUUGCAGUUUGCUAAAAAAUUGUUAGAGGGCCAGUCCAAUAAAUACAGAGGAAGCGUCUUCAACCUCGUGUAUGGCAUUUAAAAUAUGGGAUUUGAUGAACAGUGAAGUUGAACAAGCUGGAGAACUUUAGUAAAACAGCUGUAAAACUGAAAUGAAUGUCAUCCAAUCAAAUGGGUGCUUAUAGCCUUAAUGAAACUAAAAGUAAACACUAAUUUUUGGCAAGAAUUUCAUUUUCAUCAUGUUGCUUUUGAUUAUCCCAGCAUUUGCUAUAAUUAUACCAGGCCCCAGUUGUUCAAAAGGAUGCCAUAUCCACUGGACAAAUCUCCCUGAUUCUUAUCAGCUGGAUAGUGAUUUAUCCGCUGGAUUGCGCUAUCAAAUGUUUGAACAAUUAGAUACUACAUAUUUUAUAGAGAACUUUUGAGAAAUGAUACAAAUUUCACAGAAAAAUGGGUAUGUCCCUCGGAGCACCCAUAAAUCCGCCCUUGAAAAAAUUGUAGCCUGCGCAGUUGGCAUUUUCACAUGGGUGCUCAAACUAAGCCUGCAAUGUGUUUGAAAUAAAUAAGCUUCCAAGGGGCUUAAUAGAGGACUAUCAGUACGUCAAUCAAUCGAACAACCCCACAAUAAAAUGGCACCAUAAAGUUUUCUUACCCAACGAAAAUCCUUUAAACCUUUGAGGAAUUUUAAACCUAGUGUUCUUUCUCUUGGAAUGUAAGAAUUGAAGUCACAUAUCAUCAAAUUGGUGGAC